CAAGUGCAUUGAUGACCAAAGAUACUUGAAAACUAAUACAAUACCUAAUUCUACAAGUUAAACGUACACGGUGAAAACCAAAAGUUGAGGUUAUGUCGCUUCAAAAAGGGUCAAGCUUGGACUACUCUGAAGCACUCAAAACUCAUGGAAGAUCUUCAUGGAAAAACGUCCACAAAUGUAAACAAUGCCCAUACUUUACUACGUCAUUUUUUCUUAUGGUGAACCACGUGAAGCGACACCGUUCAUCUUUGGAAAAAUUUACUUGUGAAAACGCUGAAAUUGAAACGUACUAUUGUAAAGACUGUGAUUUUAAAACGGAAUUAACGAUUCUGUUCAAACAACACAUUAACGAACAUCGCAGUCUUAAGAGAGAUGAUUUAUCAAGCUUACAAAGCUACGUUUGCGAAAAGUGCGACUUUGAAACAAACCUGGUGUUGAAGUGGCUUCAGCACACUUCAGUAUGCAUCAGAAGAGAGAAAAAUGUCCAACGAUAUUCCUGUGUGGAAUGUUCGUAUACGGCUAGCCACAAAACAUAUUUCAACAAACAUACGGCAAAUCGCCAUUUGAACAAGCGGUUUGCUUGUGACAAGUGUUCAUAUGAAUGUAGAUACGAAUCAGGUUUAAAACACCACGUAAAUCUGAACCAUCUAGAUGAUGAAGAUGGCAAAUGGCACAAGUGUGAACAAUGUCCUUAUAAAACUAGAGUCAAAUGGAGUCUAAAAAGACACAUCAACAACUUACACUUGAAUGAAAAAGAAAUCGAGUGGCACCGAUGUAAUCAAUGUCCGUUUAAAACCAAGACAAAAUGUGGUUUAAAAAAACACGUUAAUUCGUUACAUUUGGACGGAGUUAAGUGGUUUGAAUGUUCAAGCUGUUCGUAUAAAAGUAAAAGAAAAGACAAAUUAAAAUUGCAUGAGUCGCUCCACCAGUUGGAUAUCAAGUCGUUUCAGUGCGAGUAUUGCGAAUAUAAAGCUAAAUUAAAAUGUUAUUUAAGCGCUCAUAUGAAGAACUGUCAUUCAGACGAAAAUGAUGUGAAAUGGUACAUGUGUGAGCACUGUCCGCAUAAAACUAGACGUAAAUCGGAUUUAAGAGUCCACGUGAAACGGGUGCACUUGGAAAGAAAGGAUGUUGAAUGGUAUGCGUGUGAAAAGUGUCCGUUUAAAAGCAGAACGAAACAUAAUUUAAAGAAGCACAUAAAUGUCCAUCUUACACAAAAAUCAGAAUGGUAUGAGUGUGGGAAAUGUUCGUAUAAAAGUCAAAUUAAAAGGUAUUUACAAAAGCACCUAAAGGUGCACACAAAAAAUACAUAUCAAUUAUGUACAGUUUAAUCUUGUAAUGUAUUAAAUUAAUUCUACUUA